ACAAGUGAUAUCAAGCAGUCAAUGCGUUUCGAAGAUCAACAAACAGGCAGGUGGCAGCACGUCCAAAAUCAGAAAUACUCUGCCAUGUCCAAUUUCAAGAAAACAACCUUAGCUGGCGGUGGCCGCAAAAAAACAGGCCCAAAGCCUGAACUAACAGAGGAACAAAAGCAAGAGAUCAGAGAAGCAUUUGAUCUCUUUGAUGCAGAUGGCUCAGGAACAAUUGAUGCAAAAGAACUUAAGGUUGCCAUGAGGGCUUUAGGCUUUGAGCCCAAAAAAGAAGAAAUCAAAAAGUUAAUAGCAGAAAUAGAUAAAGAAUGUACAGGUACAAUAGACUUUAAUGACUUUUUGACAUUAAUGACCCACAAAAUGUGUGAGAAAGACUCAAGGGAAGAAAUUAUGAAGGCAUUCCGUUUAUUUGAUGAUGAUGAAACUGGUAAAAUUUCUUUCCGCAAUCUCAAGAGGGUGGCAAAGGAAUUAGGAGAAAACAUGACAGACGAAGAGCUUCAGGAAAUGAUUGAUGAGGCAGACAGAGAUGGUGAUGGUGAGAUCAACCAAGAAGAGUUUUUGAGGAUCAUGAAAAAAACAAGUUUAUAUUGAUUCUGUCUCUCAGCUCUAACCUUAUUUGAACUUGUAAAUAAAUAUUUAAAAACCAUGAUAAUAUUAACACCUCCCUCCCCCACCGUUGUAAAAAAAUAUCUUCUGUUAUUUUGUAAUAGAGUGGCCUUGUUUUGAAUUUUCUUUUUAAAUUUAUAAUUCUGCUUCGGAGUAUGUAGAGCAUAAAAGUAUCUUGAACUGCAGCUUUUGAGGUUUUAUGAGAGGUGAUAAUGCAGAAUCUCAUGCAAAUAGUGAAUGUACAGUAGAUUGUUUUAAAAACAUGUUUAAAAUGUUUUUUUCUUUUUAAACUGGCCACUGUAAUAGAACUAUCAGUUUAUUAUCAUUAGAAGAAAUACAUUUUAAUAAGAAAAUGGCAUCAUACAAUGUAUACUUUUUAGAUUUUUAUCUGUGCUAGAAUACUUUUAUUUGAGAUUCAAGAAUUUCAGGAUAGGUUUUUCUUAAUGUUCCUUGAGUAAACAAAAUUUAAUACAUCAAUGUUUAGUGAAUUCUAGAAAUGUAGUUCACACAUUCAAAAUUUUGUCAUGUGGUACAUGUUUUCAUCAUAAAAUUCAAGAUAACAUUCCUUAUGCUCUGUUUUUAUUUUUCAAAGUUGUUUUCUGGCAUUCCUAAGUUUACACUAGUUUUAAUAAAAUAGAUAACAGUAUUAUUUAAAUGAUACUUGUGCUCCAAAAAUUAUAAAUGUGGUGUCAAAUUAAGUACCUUAAGUGUGGAUUUUGUUUUAGUCAUAUGAAUAUUCAGAAAUUAUGAUUGUUAACUACUGAGAAAACAGUUUAAAAACUUAAGUUAAAAGAUGAUAAAUUUCUAUUCAUUAUAUUUUAUAACAAACAAAUUUUGUAAAGAAAUAAAUUAUUCUUGAGUUUUUUUCCCAAAUGUUUUUUACUCUCAUAUGUUCUUUGAUUAGGAACCCUGAACCAGACAAACUUAUUUGUAUCAAUGUCUUCAUUAUAUUAAAAAAAAUGUCAUACCUUUUAUGAUAAAUGGGAGUAUAAUUUGUAGACAUAUACUUAUAACAUGUGUUAUCAAUGUUUUUUUGCAGUCAGUAAAAAGUUAUUUGAACUUUGAAAGAAUUGUCCAAUGUUUUGUUUUGAAAUGUGACUAUAAAUAUAUACCUGUCUUUGAGAUGAGGGUUUGAAGCAUUAUUAGAAAUACAAUGUAUGCCCUAGUGAUCUAAAUGUUAUGAAAUUAAACCUUCAUUAUUAAAAGUAGUUA